AUGGGUAAACCUAACCAAGCUCAGUUAAAGUGGACGGACGAUUUGGACCUGGCGUUGCUACGCGAGGUUGUUCGUGUGGAGCCUUACGACGGCGAGCACGCUGCCAGUCUCUCGUUGUACUCGAACCAAGGCAUCCCCCGCCGCUCUGCCCGCGACCACUACGACGGACUGGUACAAGGGUUCAAGGCAACGGACAAAUCCCAGCGACAGUGGGGUACGGGCAGCGACGAAGACGUGCCGGAGAAAGUUCAACUUCUUCAAGAUCUGGUGGACCAACGUGACGCGACCGACACUCUCAAGACCGCUGUGAAGUCCAAGGACAAGAAGGGCAAGGAGUCAUUGGAAUCUACGGGGUCGUAA